AUGUAUAAAUUACCAUUAAUACAAUUGAAAGAGAAUUAUUUAAUACGUAUUCAGUCCAAAUUUGGUGCAAUGAUGGUGAUUUUUGAGUCAGUUACAAAAAAAAAGGUGGCACAUGGCACGCUACAGCAUAUUUUAUUCAUUAGCAACAAUGUCAAUACAGAAUUAGUUUAUGUGUUAAAAGUGGCGUUUACGUUUUUUUUUUGUUUUAUUGAUGUUGGUAAUGAGAAAGGGGAUGUGUGGUGGUUACCUUUUUUUGUUUUAUUCAUGUUGGUGAUGCAACUAUUCUAUCUGUUAAACAUGGUGGUUACCUCUUUUUGUUUUAUUCAUGUUGAUGAUGACAAGGGGAUCUAUGAUGACCAAAAGCAACUAGUCUAUCUGUUUGAACUUGGCGUUUCCUUUACUUUUUAUUCAAGAUGGCAACAACAAUCUAAUGAGGACCUUAAGAACAAAUUAGAACAAACAAUGUCAAGAUGA